AACCAAAAAAAUUCUGAAAAUUUGUUUACAUUUGAAUUGAAGAAUUUGUUUUUCUUUCAUUAAUUGUUGAUUGUUUCUUCCAUUUAAAUUGAUUAUCAUGACUCUGUUUAAAUUUCCUUCGAUAGGUAAAAAUGUUAUCGAGAAUCUAAUGUCUCGUAAUCUUUACACAUCAACAUCAUUGUUCACAUAUCACAAGAACAUGGAAGCAAAUAAAGAUCCUUUUCCUACACCAAAAAGAUGGAUGAAGAAAAAUGAAUUCAUGGCAUUUCCCAUCGAACCAGAUCAACCCAAACCACGAGCUGUUUAUCAUCAUGCUAGAGAUAAUAUCAAGUAUUCACCUAAAAAGAUGUGGUAUAUUUGUUCUUUAAUUAGAGGAUUAACUGUCGAUGAAGCUAUUAAACAACUUUCUUUUCUACCAAAAAAAGGAUCUUUCAUUGCUAAAGAAGUUAUCGAGGAAGCUCAAACAGCGGCCAUGGAAACUGGUUGUUUCGAGUUUAAAUCAAACAUGUGGAUCGGUCAAUGUUUUGCCGGUAAAGGUCUUGUUAUCAAAGGAUUCAGGAAACAUGGAAGAUUCCGUAUGGGGGAAAUUCGGUGUUUUCAUACUCAUCUAUUUCUAGCUCUUGUUGAAGGUCCACCACAAGAAAAUUUCUAUUUCCCUGGUCCUUUGACCAAUAGACAGCGUUUGGAUGCUUAUGUAGAUUGGCUCAGGCAGAGGAGAAUACAUUGUUCAAAUUAAUCACUUAAGUUAUCCUUUGGUCAACGAUGUUUUCAGUUGACAUUUCAUUAGACAAACUGAAUUGGAGAAAAAAAGAUCAAUUAAAACGGCGAAAGCAAGACGAGCAAUUAAAAGGAACAUGAGAAAGUAAAGUUGAAGGAAAGGAAAACACCGAUGGUUCUUGAGUUAAUCACAAUUCGAAAUGACAACGAAUAUUUCAAGUUGUUCCUGUUUUUCAUAUCUAAUUUUUAACUAUUAUAUUAUUAAUACUUUUGUCUCUA